UUCCUUGGAGUAUAUAUUGUGAUAGUUAAGAUUUCGCUUUCCUUGAGAAUGCUCCACCGAACAGUCAAUCUUUCACUCUAAUGGCAAAGGUGCCCAUCCUUUUCAUACAAUGUAGAUGUGGAUUGUCUUGAUCCAAAAUGCUGACCAUGUAACUAUAGAUAAUGCAUGAAUGAUCCAAAAUGAGGACAUCACGGUUUGGAGUCUAACACAGAGACCUAUGCUUCAAGUAUGGAAAGCUUUGUGAUCUAUCUUUCUAGCCGUCACUGGUUUACCAUCUACUGGAAAUCCUUGUGGAUCAUGGUGGUUGAUAUGUAGUGUGAUCUCCGAAGAGGUGCAAUCCAAAUCACCAUGAGUUAGGUUCCCAGAUUUGUGCUUCUUAGAUCAUGCAUGUGAAACAACACCAUGAACCACUGCACAUCUUCCUGCGAUCAGUCCCAAAGUCCUUAACCAUUGAAAAUAGAUUGAAAACAUGCAUACUUGUGUUGCAUUAAAACACCACCAGAAAAAUAUGUCAGAUGGUGCUUCUUCUUCAUUCUCCUGACAGAGAAGUAGGUGUCCUUCACCGACAUGCAUUGACUCGAACAUAACUUCAGCUUCACUUUUUGUUCAGAAUGUCCUUCUUUCUUUAAAUCGUAUGUCCUUAAGAUUCUCCAUCCAUACUCCUGGUUUGUAUCACAGAUGCAACUUGCUGUUUGGGUCCUGUUGAGAUGCACAGUCCUCAGUAGGAGAAGCUGAUCACUCUCAGAAAAAGACAAAGUUCGAUCUUCGGUAUGCUGUAGCCAAGAACUUUUCUUCUGAUGAAAGACUUGUACAUGCAAACGUGGAUGACCCUUUAGAUAUAUGCUUUACUUCUGUUCUUGAGAGAAUAUUUGAGGACGAGAGCCCACCGUCUGUCGCUUCUCUCAGAAGUUUCUUCUUCCUCCACGCAAAUUAAUUAGCUGCUCCUAAGUCACAUCUUAUGAAGAAGGUUCGGUGGUCAAGCAAGAAAGGAACUGCUGGUUAGGGGAAAGAUAAUAGGUCAUGUGAAGAAGACCGCCGAAGAGAGCAGCCAAUGACAAGAGUUCCGUCCGUCUUCCUCUUCCUCCUCCUCGUCUUCCUAAUUGUGCUGCAUCAAAGCAUGGCCGCCGCCCACCACCACCACCACCACAGCAUCGUCAGCGAGACCUGCAAGCACAGCGCCAACGGCGACCCCAACGUGAACUACACCUUCUGCGUGGAGUCGCUGCAGUCGGUGUCCAAGAGCAAGCACGCGGACCUUCGCGGGCUCGCCAUCAUAGCGGCGAGGCUGGCGAAGGCCGACGCGAAGCACGCCAAGUCGAGGGUGAAGACGCUGCUGAAGGCCAAGAAGAUGAGCCGCUACAGGAAGUCCUGCUUGCAGACUUGCCGGGAGUUGUACUCCGACGCCAUGGCAAGCCUCAGGGACUCCGUCAAGCUGAUCAAGGCCGGUCGCUACGGCGACGCCAACGUGUAUAUAAGCAGCGCCGUGGAUGCGCCCGGGGAGUGCGAGGACAGCUUCAAAGAGGGCAGCAUCAAGUCGCCGCUGGUGAAGGAGAACCACGACCUAUUCCAGCUUGCUGUCAUCGCCCUCAGCAUUACCUCUCGCCUCGGAUGAUCAUAUACUUGUUCUUCUUGUUCUCACCAUAUAUAGUAUCCAUCAUGUACUUGUUGAUCUAUCUCAAUCAAGGCUUUCUUUUCCUUUUGUG